UGAGUGUCGGCUGUGGGGCGGGGCUCCAGGGUCCCUCCCCUUCCACCGGCGCCAUCUUCCUGGACCCGGGCGGGGCACUGGGCUGUGCGGCGCCGCUCGGGAAGGAACGCGGUCUGCAACCCGGAUUCGACCGGCUUUAGAGGAGGCCUUUCCCAGGGGCCCACGACUGCUCCAGAGGACAAUGGAUUCUGGAGCUCGCCCAGUUGGUAGCAGCUGUAGCAGCCCUGCAGCGCUAUCAAGAGAAUACAAACUAGUGAUGCUGGGUGCUGGUGGCGUUGGGAAGAGUGCCAUGACAAUGCAGUUCAUCAGCCACCGAUUCCCAGAAGACCAUGACCCCACCAUUGAAGACGCUUAUAAGAUCCGGAUUCGCAUCGAUGAUGAGCCUGCCAAUCUGGACAUUCUGGAUACAGCUGGACAGGCCGAGUUCACAGCCAUGCGGGAUCAGUACAUGAGAGCAGGAGAAGGGUUUAUCAUCUGUUACUCCAUCACGGAUCGUCGAAGUUUCCACGAAGUUCGGGAGUUUAAACAACUUAUUUACCGCGUCCGACGCACGGAUGACACACCAGUGGUUCUUGUGGGAAACAAGUCUGACUUGAAGCAGCUGAGACAGGUCUCCAAGGAAGAGGGAUUGUCUCUGGCUCGAGAAUUCAGCUGUCCCUUUUUUGAGACCUCCGCUGCAUACCGUUACUACAUUGACGAUGUUUUCCAUGCUCUUGUACGGGAAAUACGUAAGAAAGAAAAGGAACUAGUUUUGGCCAUGGAGAAAAAAUCUAAACCCAAAAGCAGUGUAUGGAAGAGGCUGAAGUCACCAUUCAGGAAGAAGAAGGACUCUGUAACUUGAGGGGAGUGUAAAGGAUCUGCUGUGAACUGCGGUGCUGCUCGAGGCGGUCCAGUAAUCUGCAAUGAUGAGCAUGCUGUCUGCUCUCUCUCCCGCUAUUCUAAAUGUCACUGGUGAGGGGGACAUGUCCACUAGGAGUGUUCAAUGAUUCACUAUUUAAAGCCCUGUCUUAGUUGACUCUGAUUUAUUAACCCAUCAGAGCACUGUCUACUCUUUAACUGUCACUUUAGAAUUUGGUCUGCCCUUGUUCUGGUUAUAUUGCUGAUGUAAAUUAAUUCGUGUAAAUUGUUUAUACCAGGAGAAUAUGUAUUCCGUGUGCACUUGACUAAGUUUACAAAAGGAAUUUUGUGCUGUAUACUCCCCACCUCCCUCAACUUGAGCUUCUUGGUACUGUCUCACAGAAGGACCUCUGCCUUGUUUUUCUACACUGUACAUCUUGGAGACAGAGCAAAAAUUGAAUAGGGAAACUAAUACUAAAGAGAUUGGUGCUAAAGGUGGGUAGGUGUCUGUGGAAUAGACUCCUGUUGUAGAUUAUGGAGUGAUAAAGUUUAGAGAUACUGCUGUAUGUCUACACAAGAAGACAUGGCUGGAAACAUACAGGGUCAGAACAGUGUUUCCGUGAUGAGCCUGACAGCUGCACAUUUAACCCAAAGGCACUCAGGUGGUAAAAAGAGACAGAAGCGGAAACAGAAUGAAGGAUUCUUUUUAACAUACUUUCUUCUUCUUUUACUUGCUUGCCUUUCUUUACCUUUGUAGGCUGGCACUUUGAGAACUGCUUUUGGAUCUGGGACCAUCACAAGAUCACUCGAUUCUUACUUAAAUCCUUUGUUGGGCUAGGCAUGGUAGCUCAUUGCUGUGAUCCUAGUGUUUUAAAAGCAAAACAGGAAGACUGCCAUGAAACUAGCCUGCACUACAGAAUGAAAGCCUGUCUCAGGAAAACAAAACCAAAAACAAUUAAAUAAAUUCUUUCUUAGGACAGCUACACCACAAACCUUGUCCAGGUUUCUUUCUCCUUUGAAGAACUGGGCCUGCCUAGAUGGUUUUUAGGCCCUCCUUUAGACUGAUGGUAUUGUCCAAACGGAAGAGUCUGGGUAAAAUUGUUAGGUGUUGCCUUGACCUCAGCAGUUAUUAGACUCAGGGCUUGAAGGUCUGUGGUGUUUGUUUGAUGGGCCAGUCUUAGAGCUUUAAUAUUCAUAUAUGUGCAGUGGCUUCAUAAUCUGGAGAUUUUCUCAGAAUUGUCAAAGCUCAGCCUUGAGAAUACCACUUUGGCUCCCAUAUGUAGUUGAGACACUAGUCUUGGAAGGAGCAGCUUUAAUGGUUAGUGGUGAGCUCUCUGUCUUGGGGUCAGGAUUAUCUUGCUGUCCAGGUGUGCUGUGUGGAACACGUUCAGGAGAGUCAUGAUCCCUGUAGGGAGUGUUCACUCCAGGCUCAGGUGACAUCUCCUCAACUGCCACUCAGCUUCCUGCUUCCCACUGUCAAAGGAAUGGCAGAUGAUCUGAUGCUAGGAGGAGCCAUUGCUAGGACUUUUAAAAGUCCUUUGAAAGUCCUGGUAACUUUUGCUUACUAUUCAAAAUGUGUUUUUUAAUAUUCAAGCCAUCAAAACAUGAAGGACCCAAAUUCAAGUCUACGAGUCAUAGCAUUUCAGAGAAGCAACAAAAUAGAGAUGAAAUACAGCACCUAUUUCUUUGAACAGUAUCUCACCUGGAUAAGGAUUUCAGCUUGAAUACCUUCUCUGCUUACUACUGAUGAUCUGCGGGGAUGGGCAUCAGUGUCAAGCAAGGAACUGACAGCUACAGCGACGCAAGAUUGUCAAGGCAAUAAGAAACAUUGCCGGAAAGGAAGGCCUGAAAGACAGGGAGGUUGUGUUCUAUACAAGGAAAGCAGCAGCGAGUGUUUUUAAGGCUAUCCCUGUCAGACAUGUGAUCCUGAGCUGGUCCUUUGAUUCCCACUGAGCUUGUAUUCAUGGUGCUAGAUAGCUGCAGGAGCGCCGUGGUGUGAGCUACAGCGUCUCCUCAGCCGUCACAUAGUAUAGAUAACUCACAAGCUUUAGGUCAUCAGUAUUGUCCAGCCCGAAGGCAUGAAAGUCAAGUAUUCUCUGGAACUUUGAAGAGAAGAUUCAGGGAUAAAUUAGUUGAAAGGCACUGAAACUGUAUUGAAACAAGGUUAGUAAUUACAAGUCUCAGAAAGUAGUAUCUAGAAUUAGCUGUUUAUAAUCAGUAGGGAGACAUGUUUUAAUUUUGAUAUAUUAGCAAAGUGUUGCAUGUUACCUGGGAAGUUCUUCACUGGUGCGCUUGUAUAUGAAGGCAGUUUGUGCAGCACAAUAUAAGAUUUUUAAACAA